CAUGAUCGUUGUUUUUUCUUUUUUUUUUAUGUUUCAGCCGACGUGCAGAGGGAGAGAGAGAAACUGGAAAUGUCCGUGGGCCGAUUCAUCCACGAGGAUUCCUCGCUUGACGACGAGCCAACGACAUCGGGCGAGAACAAUGGAGAAGAUUCAAAUAAAAAAUGCGUAGAUGAUGAUCACACAUCGCACAAUGAUGACAACAGCGAGAACAUUUUCGACGAGAAGAAACUAAAGAAGUUGAAAGUCUCGAAGAUAUAUUACGGUACGCGAACGCACAAGCAAAUCGAGCAGGUUGUGAGGGAAUUGAGGAAGACUUCGUACAGACACAAGAAAAUGGCCAUUUUGAGCAGCAGAGAGCAGACAUGUAUCCAACAGUCCACGAAGAAUAAAACCGAGCUUUGCAACGAGUUGUUGGAUCCUAUAAAGCACAAAGGGUGUCCAUUUUACAACGAGUCCAACAAGAAGAAGAUUUCCACGUUUCAAGCCGUGGAGAAUCGAGGUUUGUCUUCGAUAUGGGACAUCGAGGACUUGGUAACCAUUGGAAAGAACGAAGAAUCAUGUCCGUAUUUCGCUGCCAGAAGUCUCGCGAGCCAAGCAGACAUUAUUUUCUGCCCUUACAACUAUAUCAUCGACCCUGAUAUCCGCGAAAGUAUGCAACUGGAUCUGAAGGACCAAGUAAUUAUUCUGGACGAAGCUCACAACAUAGAGGAUAUUUGUAGAGAGGUUGCAAGCGUUAGUUUCCGCGAGGAUCAUCUUCAAGUUGUCCUAAAAGAAUGCGAAAGUCUCGGAAAAGCAAGAGUAAGCGAUGUAAAUCCCGGGGCUUACCAUGUUCUGUCCAUGUUCGUUUCCAGGGUGUUACAGUUGCUGGGCAGCGUGGACCUCAAUAAGAGCAACUAUAACAACGAGAUUCGUUCGAGUCCGUACUGGACCGGCCAUGAACUGACAGUAUUGUUCGACAUUUACUAUAUAAGCAAACCCCUAUGUAUAUCGUUUAUACAAGCUUGCUACACAGCGAUUGCAGACAUGAAUAAAGCGAAAGAACAGAGCAAAAUGUCUCAUAAAUUCACAAAGCCCGUCAUUUCACCUGCCACCAAGAGUGUACUUGAUCAUCUGAUGUUCGCCGUUCGGAUGAUUUUCACCAACCACGCGUACGAUUACACGGCGUGUGUGACCGAAGCGAUAGUAAAUGAUUUAAAAACUCCGACUGGAAGGUUAUUCAACCGGGUUUCUAAUGACUGGUUUCCGGCAAAACAUCGUAAACAGCAUGCACGAACCUUGAAACUAAUGUGCAUGAAUCCAGGCGUUAUCUUUACACCGCUCGCUCAAAACGCGCGCUCUAUAAUACUCGCGUCUGGUACUCUGAGUCCAACCGCGACAUUUGAAAGUGAAUUGGGAACGUCGUUCCCACACGUGCUGAAGACUAGUCAUGUCAUACCUAAGGAGCAAGUUUACGCGACCUGUAUACCCCACGGACCUCAAGUGGUUCCCCUCAGGGGGACUUUUUCAUCUGUGAACAGCUGGUCUUUCCAGGAUGAAGUAGGUAGAGUGAUGUUAGAUAUUUGCGAAUCAAUGCCUCACGGAAUCCUCUGCUUCUUCUCCUCUUAUAACGUGAUGCACAAACAUAUAGAAAGAUGGAAGACCACUUUCACUUUGAGUAAAAUCUCCAAUGUAAAGCACGUGUUCAUAGAACCUCGCAAUGGAGGUGACCUUGCGGGAAUUAUGUUCGAAUAUCGUCAAGUGAUAGAGCAGACAUCUGCUAAACAAGUGAAAAACGUUACUGGAGCGCUAUUACUGGCAGUCUUCAGAGGAAAAGUAGCAGAAGGAAUUGACUUUAAAGACGAUGAAGCUCGUUGUGUAGUCACUGUUGGUAUACCUUAUCCAGUAAGGAACGAUCCUAUGGUUGAUAUGAAAAUGGCUUAUAACGACAAGAAGGUUAAGAAUGGCUUGUUAAGAGGAUCGGACUGGUAUUCCACUCAGGCGUUCAGGGCGUUGAACCAAGCAUUGGGUCGUUGUUUGAGACAUAUCCAUGAUUGGGGGGCUCUGUUGCUAAUCGACGAAAGAUUUUUGCAGGAUGAAAACAAGGAAAAUUUGCCAAAAUGGGUUAAAACAAUGUGGGUUAAUCCAGAAAAGUACACCUUGAAAAAAGACCUUCAACAUUUUGUGGCAAGACAGAAAAUGAGAGAUGCAAAACAGUCAGAAAUCUCAAAUUAAAAAGCGUAGCAAUAUGUAUAUAUUUAUCAAAAUUAUACGCCUACUGAUAAUUGUGAUUCUAUCGAAAAACUACAUAUACAUAUACUUUAUAUAAAGUGCGUAUUGAUAAAAGUGAUGCAUGUCGUAAGACUGAAAUUUCAUUAUUACGUAUUUUA